CGCGGCCGCCCUCGGCAAGCUGCUCGUCGGCGACUCGCGCGGGGAGCGCGGCGGCGUCCACCGCUCGGUGCGGAUGGCCGCGGUGGCGCCGUCGUCGCUGGCGGCGCAGUGCCUGGGCGCCUCCCACGCGGUGGGUUGGCGCAGCCGCAGGGCGUCGGCCGUGCACGACCUGGCGCGCGGCGCGAGGCGGCUGCUGGGCCGCCGGCUGGCGAGGUCGCUGGGGGGCUCCGCCGGCGAGCGCUUGGUGCAGCAGCCGCCGCGGGACGGCCGUCGCCUGACUGGCGAGAGCACCACCGUGACGUUCUCGGAGAUGGUCUACGCAGAUGGGUCCGAGAUCGACAUUGAACUCAAUGCCACCAUGACCGACAACGCUAUCGGUUUCGACUUGCAGUACGGGAUGGACGAGGCGACCCAAUUUGAAGUGCACCUGUUUGCUGCGGAUUCUGCCGAGGCAGGGGGGGGCCUCCCUGGACUUAGCCGUAUUGUUUUCAGACGUGGAAGUUGCCAAGGUCGAGUUUUAUUCAACCGACGAGAUGACGCUCUCCGUGCUAAUCAAGGCCCCAGACAGUGGCGAUACCAUCGCCAGCGUGUCUGCCUCCUCGAGUGCAAGCGGUGACGAAUCCCUCUCGGCUCGCGUCUAUAACCCCGAGGAUGGCACAGAGUUCAUUACCAUCACGGGUACAAACAGCAGUGCGUCCAUGAGCGUCUCGGCGGUCGUGAAGGACCCCAGUGAUUCCUCCAGCACCUUGCUCGACGCGUCUGCCGGGGCAACAUACACUGGUGCUGACACGGAGGACGGCACCUUGGAGGUCACGGUAAGCGUUGGAGGUGAGCAGAUCGUGUUGAGCGGAACUUUUUCGGAUUCCUAUCGCACACAGGGCGGCUUUACGAUUGACGCCUCUCUCUCGGUUGCCAAUGACCCCGCAGGGCGGGUCGACGUCGAUGGCACCCACGACGACACUGGCUUGACUGCCGUCGCGUCGGUUGAAGUGUUCGAAGAUGGCAGCUAUCAGCAGGUUCUCAAGCUGGACCCUUUGACUCUGGUGACGAAGAGUACGAAUUACACGGUCCACACCACCAUCCACGACAGCAGUGACACAGAGAUGGGUACAGCUGGCGUGUCGCUCACCAAUGAACCUACCAGUGGGCAGGUGCACGAUGUGGACAUCAAUAUGUUCAGCCCCAUGGACUCCAGCCUCAACGUUACCAUGUCCGUUUCAUUGGCCAGCGAACUGCUCGAUAUGCUCACAGACGCAGCGGAGAUUCCGUGCCUGCAGGGUUCGUGCACCGUGGAUGUGGAUCUGCACAACCAGCACAUGGAUUUGGUCUUUUCGUCGGCGACAUCAGAUGAUGAGGAAGACUACCGCGCGGUUCUCGGCUUGACUGCACGCGACACGCUCUAUUCCGCAGGGGCGUCAGUCACUGUGCAGAGCGUGCAGGAUAUGAUAGCAGCAUACAUUCAGCUAGGCAAUGGCAACUCGGCCAUCGCAAUCGACCAGUUCGCCAUGUCAUCCAGUGGCACCAUCAAGGACGAAAACAGCGAAAAGAUCAUUGGAUGGGAUCUGAGCGCCGACGUAUCAACUUCCUCUCAAUCCGUGGACCUGACUGUCGACAGCGGAUCCAGCACCUUGCUCGAGGUCGACGUCUCCUUCGCCGAGCUCCCCACGGGCGACUCGGCCGCGGGGGAGAUCCAGCUCGAAGGCGAGAGGCUGGUCAAGUGGGACGUCGUGUCGGAGACGUCGGGCACCGCGACCACCUGGGACAUGGACGUCUGGGACCCGGAGGGCCAGCUCCUCGCCGUCGACGCCUCGCUGACCGAGGGCGACCCCUCUGGCUCGGCGGUGCUCCGCGGGAGCGCCGCGGUGCGCCUGGAGAGCGGCCAGGCUCCCGAGGCCCUCGGCGGCGUACGCCUCGAGGCGGUCGACGCGGCCGGGGACCGGGCGACCUUCCAGCUCCAGGUCCUCACCUCCGAUCUGUCGACGCCCUUCUUCCAGCUCGACGCGGGCGUGGACUUCACGGCGGCCGGCGGGCUCCGCCUGCUCACGGACUGGGGCGCCUCCGCGGAGGCGCAGGUCUGGGACCCGAGCGACACCGACGCGGGGGUGAUGAUGACCGUGUCGGUGACGGGCAGCAGCUCCGGGGGCGUUUUCACGUCUGGGAUGGCGAUGGAGGACAACGACGGCAACCAGUUGGUGAACUGGUCUAUCGUGGGAACGAGCAGUUCUGACAGCAUCACUUCCCAUGGGAACCUCGGGGAUGUCAUGACCGUUGCGCUGGCCCUCACGAAGCCGGACGGGCGCCUUGACACGAUGACCGAGAUGGCCUUGACGCUGACGAUGGAGAGCAUGAUGGACGACGAGGACGACUACGAGAUGGAAGUGACGACGACGCAGCAGGGGCAGACGACUACGUACGAGGACGGCUGGUGGAGCGAGGCGAACGGGGAGGAAGACGAUUGGGACCUGAUGGGUACGGAGGACGUAUCUAUCUCAGUCAGUCUUGGCUACGACGGCGCAGACACAUGGGAUGUGACUGGAAGCUUGAGCCAAAACGGCGACACGUACGUUUCAGUGGAGGCGCACUUGCACGAAGAAUGGGUCUCAGUGACCUCGUGGGCCAAUGAGGAAAUCGGGGAUCUGGUGGGCGCGGGGUUCAUGUACGAGUACGUCAACGCCAGCAUACCGACUUCCGACUCCAGCGACAUGUGGGAGAUCAACUACAUCCAGACCAGCGACUUCAUCGAGACCACCAAUCUCACCUGGCACACGGAUGACAGCGCUGGAGAGUCCAGUUUUUCUGUCAAGUCGUAUGCGAUGGAACUGGAUGGAGGCGUGUGGCGGUACAUCUUGUCCAUUAACGCCUCGGCAGACAUGACCGAUGGGCUCACUGUGUCUCCCAAGCCGGCGCCAUCGGCAGCGCCCACUGUGUCUCCCACGCAGGCGCCACUGGCAGCGACGCUGGCCACGCUGGUCGUCUCGGGGAGCUUCAGGGCCUCCGUGGCAGCCUCCGAGGCCGAGGACUUCAUAAGCAACUCCGACGUCGUGGACUCGUUCGUGACCUCGAUCGCCACGAGGGUGGGCAUGCCAGAGUCGACGGUGGCGGUGACGCUCUCGGUGUACAGCGACCGGAGGCUGGCGGCCAGAGGCGGCCGGAGGAUGACUGCCGAGGCCGCCGAGAUCCUGGUCUCCUACACCAUCACCGCACAGGUGGGCUCCUCUGAGGGGGCAGGCGUCAUCAGCCAGAGCGCCUUCGACAGCGUAGUGGACACCCUGGAGAGCACCACUGCGGAAAACUUCGUGGCAGACUUCAGCACGCAGCUUCAGGGCACUGGGUCUGCUUCUGCCUUCUCGGCAGUGGCGGCGGUGCCGAACUCGGAAACGGCCCCGACGAUCGUGGAGCAGAGCCCAGCGCUGGAAAGCUCUGGCGCCUGCGCAGCAUUCCCGCAGGCGCUGCUGCUGGCUGCCGUCUGCAGGCUGCUGUUCUGAGUGCGCAAGGGCCACUGCACGAGUGCUGCAGGCUACUAUUCUGAGUUCUGAGUGCUGCAGGCUGCUGUUCUAUGCGUCUAGCAUUUUCCAUCAGCGCGCGGCAUUCCAAUUGUUCUAACAUUUUCCAUCAGGGCGCGACAUUCCAACCAUGCACAAGCGGCAUGAUGUCUGGUGAUCUGGGCCUGCAGAUGGCCCGGGAUGGUCUCCAAGACGUCUCCAAGACGCCCCAAGAUGGCCUCCAAGACGGCUAAGAUGGCCCCAAGAUGCGCCUCCAAGACUGCCCAAGAUGGCCUCAAUAUGGUCUAAGACGGCCCAAAAUGCCCGCAAGAGGCCUCAAAGAC